AUGCGGGCUCCCGUGAUAGUUCUCGCCCAUGGUGGUGGUCCUUUGCCGCUGCUCGACGACCCUGAACACAAGAAUAUCCAUUUCUCUCUUACCAAAAGGGUCCCCGCAAUACUUAAGCUCGGCACGCCUGAGGCGCCAAGAGCUAUUAUCGUCAUCACUGCCCAUCGGUCUACCGAAAAUCCCACUAUUUCGAACGGUAAAAAGCACAAUCUGUAUUACGGUUACGAUGGCUUUCCAAACCAGGCGUACAAUCUUGAUUAUCCGGCGCCGGGCUCUCCUGGGAUCGCGAAAGAGAUAAUGAAUGAUAUGCGCGCCGUAGGCCUUACGCCGGAAUUUGAUGGACAACGAGGUUGGGACCAUGGUGUCAUUGUUCCCAUGCUGCUAGCCAAUCCCUCGGCUGAUAUACCGAUCAUCCAAUUAUCUGUUCUACGGUCUGAGGACCCCUCAACUCACCAUGCUAUGGGCAAGCUUGUCGAAUGGCGGAACUUUCCAAACGCCUACGAAAUGCACUCAAAAAACGGAGGUGAGCAUUUCAUGUCACUUCUUGUUUGUUCUGGAGCCGCUGGACACAGCAAACUUGAGAGUGACGCGGAUAAUAUCUGGAAAAUCAGUGUUUGGACCUACUACUGGAAAUAG